AUGGAAAAAGUUGAAAUGUUCUUCUCAACCCUCUCCUGGUUUACUUACGCCACGGUACCUCCAGUGUGUGCAUUUUUCGGCUGGCUGGCUUUCCCUUUCGCCUUUUUUACUUCGAUCUUGGCAAUUGUAUUUGGUACUGUACAGUUGUGGAAAGCAAUAAGCAACCUCACUAAUCCUCUAUCCAACGAAAUGUCUGAAUACUCUAAUUUCGCAUCUACCAAUGAGGCGCUUAAAACCAUUUUUUCGCAAGCCUCUGAUGAAGAAAUUGCAAAGUACGAGAAGCAACUUGAUACUGUGAAAAUUUUCGACCCAGUCCUUAUAAUUACUCCAAAUCAAACUUGGAUCAAUCAGCAUGGUUUGCCAGCUUAUAACGCUGUCAUGGAUGCUUUUGCAACAAACGGCCUUCAAAAUAGGCGCAGAGAUAGGAACUCUCGUAGCAUUUUUCAUUUCACAGAGAACGAAGAACUCUACACCGUACGUAGAAAUGUUCGCAAUCUUAUCCCCAAUGCCUUCUUUGUUCCUACUUCCCUCCAAUCUCAACUCUCUAAUGCUCAACUGCACCCCGUUGGAACGGCCUGGAUACUAUUAAAAGUGGCGGCACUUAAAAGUGAUUUCGGAGAAGAUGAAAAUUUCUUUCAUGUAAUUUGA